AUGUGCUCGUUUUCUUCCAUCUGCUGCGCAGCGAUCACAACGGCACGCCCUGUGAAGGACGGGAAGGACAAGGGCGGGCAAAAGGGGCCCCCCGACGCGGGCCCGUGCCCGCUGCCCAACCCGAAAGACGCUGAGGCUCUCGGGAAUCUGACGGCGAUUCUCGCCGCGCGGCUGAACGGAUCCGAAGUGGUUGGGGCGACGGGCGACGUCAACGCCACCGGGCGAGUCUGCCUCGCCGUCUUCGAGCUAGACGGCGACUACAACGUCCUCUACAGUGUCGUCACCUCCACCUCCGACGACGCCGAGCCGUUCGCCGCUUCGAUCUAUCAAGGCGCGGCGGGAGAGGCAGGAACCGCCGUUCAUAAUACUGUCGCGGCAGGGGAAACUGCCACGUGGGCAAAUCUUACUCGUCCGCCGCCUCCCCCGCCUAAGGGCAAGAAGAACAAGGGCACUCCGCCCGCCCCACCUCCUCCGAAGUACACUUAUGCCACUAACGGGACGUGGCUCAAAGCGAGUACGCUGUCCACGAUCGGCGGGCAGACACUGAAGGAGCUGGUGGUUUCCAUAAUCUCGACGCCGGACGGGUACUACGCGACAUUCGCGACCACUGAUUAUGAGUCGGGUGCGGCGCGGGGGCAGUUUCAGUCGGACCCGCUUCCGCCGCCGCCUAAGGGGAAGAAGGGCGGGAAGGAUGGCGGGAAGGAUGGCGGGAAGAAGGGCGGGAAGGAUGGUGGGAAGAAUGGAGGGGGCAAAAAUGGAGGCGAUUCGUUCGGCGCUCCUAUCGCUGUGUUGGAAGCGCGAGUCAACGGCUCCGAUGCUGACCUCAGCGGUGACGUCAACGCCACAGGCUGCAUUUCCCUCGCCGUCUUUCAGAGCGACGCUAACGACUACGACAUUACUUACUCCGUGCGCGUGAAUCUAACUGACUCUGGAGAGCCCACCAGCAUCGUCAUCAAGAAAGGCGCUGACGUGGCACUCACCGUGGACACCAGCGACGCCACAUGGCUCAAUAACACGCUCUCAGAUGCCGAGCGCGCCAAGCUGGGCGGCAAACCGAAGCCCAAGGGCAAGAAGGGCAAGCAGCCGCCUCCUCCGCCCCAACUUCCCCUUGGCUACGCCUACGAAAUGAUCGGUACUUGGCUAAGCGCCAGUACUUUGACGGCGGAUAACGGGCAGACGUAUAAGGAGCUGGUUGAUGCCAUUCUGGCUGCUCCUGAUGCUUACUCCGCUCUCAUCUACACCAAGACUUUCGAGAACGGUGCAGCGAACGGGGCUUUCCUCAAAGUCACCAAGGGUGGUCGUGAAGGGUCUAGCAAAUUGGCCAUUAAAGCCAGCCUAUUGGAUGCAGAAGAGUCCUUGUACCCCAGUGAGUUGGCCAUCAAAGUCAGAAACGGACUUGCCUGA